GAAAGUAAAUGUAACAGUUUCGUUGCAUGUUUGUAAUCUUCACAGAUCGCUGCCAAGUUACAUAGUGACAGGAGCAUUGUAACAGACUUGACUCGGGCUGUUUUAUAUAUAUAUAAAUUGAUCGGUUUCUAUUGCACACAGCUAAAUCUAAUGGUGUUUCUACUGAAAAAAGAACACUGAAGAUUUUGUCUGUGGAUGGGGCUGUCCUGGAUUAAAAUGGCAUCGUAUUAUUAUAUGCGCUGUAACUAUUCAUUGGACUAUCACAGAGUUUAUGUGAGAGGCCUUUCCAACUAUGGCCUGACCUGCUGUAUUAAUGCUUUGCUUCAGUCUUUCUCCGCCACCCCAGAACUGCUGGAAUUACUGAACAACCUUGUUUUUUUAAGAUAUCAUCCACCAGAAGAGGCUGAGCUGAAUAAUGUGCCCAUGCAGUUGAAGAAUGCUCUGUGUGCUAUGAAAGACACAAACCAUCAUUCUCCACACAGAGACUUCCUUGACUGUCUCCACCGUCACUCCAUACACCGUAUGCAUCUGACACGAUUUACUGAACAUGAUGCAGAUGAAAUAUUCCACAGUAUACUCAAUCUCACCCAGAAACAGAUGACUGAUAAAGACUUGGCUGAGGAAAUCCGGAAACUCUAUGAGAUAAAGGUGGAGACGCAAGUGAUGUGUAAAGAAUGCUCACACAUUCAAAAAACGCCCAAUUCUCUAUACAGCCUCCCUUUGGCGAUUCGUGAGGGGUACAACACCCUGGAGAGCUGUGUCCAGUCCUUUGCCCAGCAGCAAACUCUGAGGUGUGGUGAGGAGUGUUACUGUGACAGGUGCAUGAUGAAAAGGCCCUUCACUCAUCAACUGAAACUUGUGUCGCUGCCUUCAGUGCUGUGUAUCCACCUCAAGAGAUUCAGAAAUGAUGGAAUUACCAGGAAACUCCACAACAGAGUCACCUUCCUUGAAACACUAAAUAUGAACAUUUGUAAUGAUGGACAAUCAGAAAAUGCUAAAGGGUAUUACAGUCUCUAUGCGGUCAUAGUGCAUAUAGGAACUGCCUUAUGUGGUCAUUACACUGCUUACAUCCGGCCCACUCAGGAUCAGAAUUGGUGCUAUGCUGAUGACAGCACUGUUCGACAAGCCACCUGGAAAGAAGUGCAGGACACGUAUGAAGGAAGAAAGACGGCCUACUUGCUUCUGUACAGAAAGAUGAGCGAGAGUGCAUCUGGAUAACUGAGAGAAACUCGGCAGGCUUCAGUUCACAUGAUAUAACUCAUAAUAUGGUUAAAUGCAUAGAAUAUUUCAAUAAUAGGACCAAAGUUAUUAAUAUAUAAUAAUAUGUAAAAUGUAUAGUUAUGUUUUCUGUAUUUAAAGGGAGGUUUCAUAUAGGAAUCUAUUACAAUACUGGGGUAAAUGAUUUAAUAUGGCCUAUGUAUUGUAUAUUUAUUCAGGGUGAUCAUAUAAAACGUAGUUUUGAAUUACAUUAGAGCUUUGCAUCAUUUUUGGAUAUAUUUUAAUAAAAAGAAUCAAUGUUUUGAAACAUGUUGCCUUUGAUCUGAAAUUACACAUAUUUUAUUCGCGUGGAAACAGUGCACACACUGCCUAAUGUGAAGUUU